CGGGGCGCGGGGCCCCGCGGCCGGCGGCGCCGGAGGCGGAGCAUGUCGUGGUUCAGCGGCAUCCUGGUGCCCAAGGUGGACGAGCGGAAGACGGCAUGGGGGGAGCGCAACGGCAAGAAGGGCCCCCGGCCCCGAGCCGGCCUCUGCGGGCCCCGCUACAUGAGCUGCCUGCAGGACCCUGAGAUGGAGCGGGGUGCGGGACCCCCCCGGGGGCUGCGCUGCACUUGGCAGGAGGAUCACUACGGCAAGAAGGGGCCCGCGGGCGACCUGGGACUCAAAUCGGUGGACACGGGCUUGGAAGACGGCGAAGCCAAGGGGCCGAAGGGAGCCAGGGGACACGGGGGGCGGCCAUCGGCCGGAGAGUGCUGGCGGCGGCUGCUCCAGGUUUUCCGUUCCAAACGCUUCCAGUCGGCCAAACUGGAGCGGCUUUACCAGCGCUACUUCUUCCAGAUGAACCAGAGCAGCCUGACGGUGCUGAUGGGAGUGCUGGUGCUGGUUUGUGGGGUGAUGCUGCUCUUCCUCUGCCUGCCCGGUGCCCCCCACGUGCCGGCAGCCGCCGCGCUGGCCGGUGCCACAGCCCUGUUCCUGCUCCUCAUGGUGCUGUGCAGUCGCAGCGCCUUCCCCCAGGACUAUAUGUGGGUGGUGAGCUAUGUGGUGCUGGGGCUGCUGGCCGGGGUGCAGGCGCUGGGGACGGUGGCCGUGGCGCCCCGAAGCGCGGCCGAGGGCGUUUGGUGGAGCGUCUUUUUCAUCUACAUCACCUACACGCUGCUGCCCGUGCGGAUGAGGGCGGCCGUGCUGGCCGGGGUCCUGCUCUCCGCCCUGCACCUCGCCAUCGCCUGGCACCGCAACGCUGCCGACCCCUUCCUCUGGAAGCAGCUCGGCGCCAAUGCCCUGAUCUUCCUCUGCACCAAUGUGGUGGGGGUCUGCACCCACUACCCGGCCGAGGUGUCGCAGCGCCAGGCCUUCCAGGAGACCCGCGGCUACAUCCAGGCGCGCCUGCACCUCCAGCGGGAGAACCGCCAGCAGGAGCGGCUGCUGCUGUCAGUGCUGCCACAGCAUGUGGCCAUGGAGAUGAAGGAGGACAUCAACACCAAGAAGGAGGACAUGAUGUUCCACAAGAUCUACAUCCAGAAGCAUGACAACGUCAGCAUCCUCUUCGCGGACAUUGAGGGCUUCACCAGCCUGGCCUCGCAGUGCACGGCCCAGGAGCUGGUGAUGACUCUCAAUGAGCUCUUCGCCCGCUUUGACAAGCUGGCUGCGGAGAACCACUGCCUGCGCAUCAAGAUCCUGGGGGACUGCUACUACUGUGUGUCGGGGCUGCCGGAGGCACGCGGGGACCACGCUCACUGCUGUGUGGAGAUGGGCGUGGACAUGAUCGAGGCCAUCUCGCUGGUGCGUGAGGUGACGGGGGUGAACGUGAACAUGCGUGUGGGCAUCCACAGCGGGCGGGUUCACUGCGGCGUCCUAGGACUGCGCAAGUGGCAGUUCGAUGUCUGGUCCAACGAUGUCACCCUUGCCAACCACAUGGAAGCGGGCGGCAAAGCUGGGCGCAUCCACAUCACCUGGGCAACGCUGCAGUACCUGAACGGGGACUAUGAGGUGGAGCCGGGCCACGGGGGCGAGCGCAACGCCUACCUCAAGGAGCACAACAUCGAGACCUUCCUCAUUGUCGGCUGCAGCCAGAAGCGCAAGGAGGAGAAAGCCAUCCUGGCCAAGCUGCAGCGCACUCGCGCCAACUCCACCGAGGGGCUGGUGCCACGCUGGGUGCCCGAGCGCUCCUUCUCCCGCACCAAGGACUCCAAGGCCUUCAGGCAGAUGGGCAUCGAUGACUCCAGCAAGGACAACCGUGGUGCCCAGGAGGCCCUCAACCCUGAGGACGAGGUGGAUGAGUUCCUGAGCCGGGCCAUUGACGCCCGCAGCAUCGACCAGCUCCGCAAGGACCACGUCAAGAAGUUCCUGCUCACCUUCCAGACCCCUGAGCUGGAGAAGAAGUACUCCAAGAAGGUCGAUGACCGUUUUGGUGGCUACGUGGCCUGUACCCUCCUCGUCUUCUGCUUCAUCUGCUGCCUCCAGAUCCUGGUGUUCCCCCACUCCUCGCUGAUGCUCGGGGUCUAUGUCAGCAUCUUCAUCCUCCUUGCUGCCAUCCUCUUCAUCUGUGCCAUCUACUCCUGCGUCACUCUCUUCCCCACCGCCCUGCAGCAGCUCUCCCGCAGCAUCGUCCAGUCCCGCGCCCGCAGCACCGGCAUCGCCGUCUUCACCAUUCUCCUCGUCUUCAUCGCUGCCUUUGUCAACAUGUUCUCCUGCAGCCGCGUGGCCCUGCGGGACUGCGCUGCCCGCGAGCUCAACGUCACCCCCGGCUCUGUGGGGCCCUGCCAGCUCCGCGCCCUCAACUUCUCCCUGGGCACCCCUGCAGGCUCCUGCCACGGUGACGGGCUGGCCUGUGACUUCCCCGAGUACUUCAGCUACAGCGUGGUGCUGAGCCUGCUCGCCUGCUCCGUCUUCCUGCACAUCAGUAGCAUCGGGAAGCUGCUGCUCAUGGUGGGCAUCGAGGCCACGUUCCUGCUGCUGGUGGAGGGGCCUCACGCAGCCCUCUUUGACAAUGCUGACCUGCUGGUCCUGGCCAAUGCCCUGCCCCCCUUCAACAUCACCCAGGGAGAGUGCCUGGCAGAGGGGAAGGUGGCCCUGCGCUACGUGACCCCCGUGGUCCUGGCCGUGUUUGCGCUCGCCCUGUACCUGCAUGCGCAGCAGGUCGAGUCCACCGCCCGCCUCGACUUCCUUUGGAAGCUCCAGGCAACGGGUGAGAAAGAGGAGAUGGAGGAGCUCCAGGCCUACAACCGGCGGCUGCUGCACAACAUCCUGCCCAAGGACGUGGCCGCGCACUUUCUGGCACGGGAGCGGCGCAACGACGAACUCUACUACCAGUCCUGCGAGUGCGUGGCCGUCAUGUUCGCCUCCAUCAGCAACUUCUCUGAGUUCUAUGUGGAGCUGGAAGCCAACAACGAGGGUGUGGAGUGUCUGCGGCUGCUCAACGAGAUCAUCGCCGACUUCGAUGAGAUCAUCAGCGAGCAGAAGUACCGGCAGCUGGAGAAGAUCAAGACCAUUGGCAGCACCUACAUGGCGGCAUCGGGGCUCAACGCGGCCACCUACGACCGCGAGGGCCGGAGCCACAUCGCGGCACUGGCCGACUACGCCAUGCACCUCAUGGAGCAGAUGAAGUACAUCAACGAGCACUCCUUCAACAACUUCCAGAUGAAGAUUGGCCUGAACAUGGGCCCAGUGGUCGCAGGGGUCAUCGGGGCUCGCAAGCCCCAGUACGACAUUUGGGGCAACACCGUCAACGUCUCGAGCCGCAUGGACAGCACUGGGGUCCCCGACCGCAUCCAGGUGACAACAGACUUGUACCAGGUGCUGGCUGCCAAGGGCUACGUGUUGGAGUGCCGGGGGCUGGUCAAGGUCAAGGGCAAGGGGGAGAUGACCACCUACUUCCUCAAUGCGGGCCCUGGGGGUAGUUAGGGGGGUCCCCAUGGUGUCCCCCCCAUGCCGGGGACACCCCCAGCCUGUGCCGAGCUCAGGCGAAAAAAAAAGGAAAAAUCCCCAAA